GGAAGUAGUGGGCUGGUGACCGGAAGUGGCGUGCGGCCGGUGGUGGGAGCCGGGCGGUCGCUCGCCGCGGGCUGUUGGGAGAGCCGGGGCAGCCGCAGGGGGAGCGAGGCAGGGCGGUGCGCGGCGCAGACUCUUCCCCCCGGCAACCGGCGCCGCGGAGGGCGGGGGCCGGGCAGCGCCAUGGCGGAGGCGACGGCGACUGCGACAGCGACGGCCGGUGGGAGGGCAGCCAGCGCCACUGUGACCGAGACCGUCACCAUUGAGCCGGAGAACCGCAGCCUGACCAUCAAGCUGAGGAAGCGAAAGCCGGAUAAGAAGGUGGAAUGGUCGAGCGACACGGUGGACAACGAGCACUUGGGCCGUAGGUCGUCCAAAUGCUGCUGCAUCUACGAGAAGCCGCGGGCCUUUGGCGAGAGCUCCACGGAGAGCGAGGACGAGGAGGACGAGGGCUGCGGCAACGCCCACUGCAUCCGGGGCCACAGGAAGGGGGAGCACGGGGGCCGAGGGGGCGGCGGCUCCGGGGGGGGCAGGGGCAGCCCCCGCAAGGCCGAGCCGCCGGGCCAGGACCACGCUGCAGCCAUGCAGCACUGAGCCCCCCCACCCCGCCGGACUGACCCGGGGACGCGGGCGUGUCCGUCUGUCCGUGAGCCUCGUGGCCUGCGAGCUGCUGUCGUCCGUCGGUCCCGCCCGGUGCCCCGGCGUGGAAUGUACCAAGCGACGGGCCGGCUGCGUCUCUGUGCUUCUCCAUUAAACGUCUGUGUCAGUGACCACGAGCGGCCGCGGCCUGCUGCUUUCUGCGCUGGGGGGGGCGCGGCUCUGCCGGUGCCCCCUGCUCCUGACGUGCUGCCCCCUGCUAGCCCAGCCCUGGGCUUCUCCCCUCAGCUCUGCCAGUGUCCCUCACUCCUGAACCGCACCCCCCUGCCAGCACAGCCACUCGCUCCCGAACCGCAGCCCCUUGCCAGCACAGCGCCCCCAGCCGUGCCGGUGCCCCUCACUCCCGACCUGUAGCCCCUGCCAGCCCAGCCCCUCCUCCCUCCCCCCAGCCUCACCAGUGUCCCUCACUCCUGACCCGUAGCCCCCUGCCAGUCCAGCCCCUCCCCCCAGAUCUCCUGGUGCCCCUCACUCCUGACCUGUAGCCCCCUGGCAGCCCAUCCCCUCCCCCCACCGGUGCCCCUCACUCCUGACCCACAGCCCCCUGCCAGCACAGCCCCUCCCUCCCACAGCCCUGCCGGUGCCCCUCACUCCCGACCUGCAGCCCCCUGACAGUCCAGCCCCUCCUCCCCCCAGCCCCACUAAUGCCCCUCACUCCUGACCUGUAGCCCCCUGGCAGCCCAUCCCCUCCCCCCCCCCCGCCCCACCGGUGCCCCUCACUCCUGACCCAUAGCCCCCUGCCAGCCCAACCCCUCCCCCCACCGGUGCCCCUCACUCCCAACCUACAGCUCCCUGCCAGCACAGCCCCUCCCUCCCCCAGCCCUGCCGGUGCCCCUCACUCCCGACCCACAGCCCCCUGCUACCUCAGCCCUUGGCUUCUCCCUCCCUCCCCCACAGCUCUGCCAGUGCCCCUCAGUCCUCACCUACUACUAUCCGUCCGCCCCCAUCACACACACAGCUCUGCCAAGGCCCUGAAAUAGAAGCUUUAAUCACCCUUGUUUUCCCUUUCAUAGCCGCAAAUGGUGUUGAUCAUAAAACGUUUACAGUGUCCUGGUAAGAGGACAAACAAUCUCUGGCUGUGGCCUUGUUUUCUUCCACGCUUCUUCCUGAUGUAUAAAGGAGGCUUGUCGGAUUUUACCUGGAAAAGGUGUUGUUUUUUUCCUGCUUGAUUUCUUCUUAACGCUAGAAAUCUAGGUGUCGUCUGCCCUGGAAGUCUCUCUAGGUGACUAAAGAACUGGUGUGCUUACAGCAUGGCGGAUACCCCGGAAGACAAACGCGUGCCGUUGAUUUGUGUUCAAUCGAACGCUCUUUCUUCGCCUUUAUCUCAAACACCCCCAAAACAGCUGGGAGAAAAACGGUCUUUGUGAAAGAGUCCCUGUUCCUAAAUCCCCUUCCCUUGCGACCUCUCCUGAUCUGCCUCCUGGUUCCUUCGAGGUAACCUCCAGCAAAACCGGAAAGACAAGAUGUGGACAUCCUGUUAAUUUUUCUUAUUAAUUUAGAAAAUAUCAUCGGUCCCCCCCGUUCCAGUCCAACUAAACCCCUCACCUCGAAAGCUUUCUGUAUACCUCGUUAUGGGCAUGAACUUGACGCUUGAUUUCUACAUACCCACGCUCUGUGGUUUACCUUCAAUAAAUAUCUGUCCCAGUGAAAUAGUCCUGCA